AUGACUCAAGAUAAGAAACCAUUAAUUCAGAUAAAAGCUCUACCAGGAUAUUUUGCUGCUUAUCGCACAACUGAAUCAAAUGAUAUAGAUUCUACCAAGGUCAACCAUUUAGACCUAAUUAAUCACACGUCAUGGAAGGAAUUAUAUGCAAAUAUCCCAACAGAUACAGAUAGACAUGAAUACAAAUUAUUGGUAUUAGCAAGACAUGGUCAAGGCUAUCACAACGCCGCUAUUCUCAGAUAUGGUCAAGAAUUAUGGUCAAAGAAAUGGGGUGUACUAAAUGGAGACGAACAUGGGGAAUGGUUAGAUUCCAAAUUAACUCCGUUAGGUAAAAAACAAGUAAGUAAUACAGGUAAAGAAGUGUUAUUACCAAUGAUUCAAGAUUUAAAAAUUUUACCCCAUCAAUUUUUUAGUUCACCCAUGAGAAGAUGUCUUGAGACUUUUAUUGGAUCGUGGGAUCAUGUCUUUAAAGAGUUCCCUGAAUUGGUAGACAAUCAAAAACCAUUACAGGUAAAAAUAUUUGAAAAUCUUAGAGAAACACUUAAUACACACCCAUGCAAUGAAAGAGUCAAUCAUUCAAUCACAGUGAAGGAAUAUCAAGACUAUAAAACACCCUCUGGAGUAACUGUCCAUUGGGAUUACGAAGAUAAUUAUCCUGAAGAGGACCAACUAUGGUCUACCGAUCACUGGGAAACAAAAGAGGAAAUCGAUUUAAGAAUACGUGAUGCGUUAACCAGCGUAUUUGAAAACGUUACUAGUAACGACAAAUUAAUUUCAAUCACUUGCCAUUCAAAGGUUAUAGAGAGUAUUUUACGUAUCACUAAUCAUCCUGCAAUCCAUAAACUAGAUACAGCCAAAGUUGUUUGUAUAAUUGUAGAGAUUGAAAAGUAA